UAAAGAUUGGCCUAUGGAGAUAAAAAGUAUUGAUGCACAAGAGUCUCUUGAGGGAGGAGUUAUUGUUGUAGUGACUGGUUUGAUUGAGAAGGAUAAUUUGAGAAAGAAUUUUAGUCAAACAUUCUUUUUGGCUGAACAGGAGAAAGGUUACUAUGUCUUGAACGAUAUUUGUAAGUUUUUGGAAGUAUGUGAAUCAAUUUCCAACAUUGCUAUCCACGAUGAUGAUGGAAACAAUCAAGUUGCUCCUUUUACUAAUGAUCCAGGUGAAAGUGUGCAUGCAGUGGGUGAACCGGUGUCAAAUGUUAAAGAAGAUGCUCCGAAAAUUUCUUAUGCUUCUAUGGUGGCAAAAGAGGGUCACGUGACUGCUAGCGUUUCACCAAAUGAUGACCAACCAUCAGCUGGUUCUCCAGCACCUAAAUCUUCAACUUCUUUUGCCGACAAUGCGUCCAAAAUACGAUCUCAUAGAAGUGUUGCAUCUAACACCUCAUCUCAUCCUAACAACAUUGCACCGAAGAUCUCGAUACUUAGAAAUGACUCACCUAAUAUUAGUACAUAUACAGAAUCUAGAAGCAUAUACAUUGGUGGUUUGCCUUAUAGUAUAACAAAAAGUGAAGUCUUGAAUAUCAUAAAACAAUUUGGACAAGUUAGACGAAGUUCAGAUAGCAUCCAGAUUAGAAAACAUAAGGAUGGAUUUUGUUGCGGAUUUGUGGAAUUUGAAUCCUCAGAAUCUGCACGUCUUGCAAUAGAGGCUCGAUAUGUUACUUUUGGUGAAAAAGAAGCAUAUAUCGCAUACAAGAGAUCAUCCUAUCCGGGUCGAAAUAGUCUAGAAAAUUUCCCAGGAAAAGAUGGAUUCCAAAAACGUAAUUUUAGGGGUUCGGAAAAUGGUGAUAAAGGCCAGUUCACUGCUCCUCGGCACAGCAGACGAGCUGAUCAUUUGUCGAACAAGGAGCGGGUGCACUGGCAAAGGAAAGCUGCGUGAAUUAUCUUGCGUACAUUCUUGAAUCUCAGCAUUUUA